AUGUUUUAGCGACGCAGUUGGUCGGACAUGGCGCCGGUGAGGCCGGCAACGAGGUGGCCCCCGAUGGGGAGUUCGCGGACGAGCGGUGAAAGGGUUUCUUCGGUCGGAUUCAGGAAUAAGAAUGUGAAGCAGAGGACGUGGCGACUUAACCAUCCGCAGGCCUUCGUGGGGAGCGUCCGCGAAGGACAAGGCUUUGCGUUUCAAAGAAAACUAAAGAUUCAGCACAAUUACAGGAAAUUGCAGUGGAGAGGAAAGAAGGCUCAAACCUCACAAGAGUCACAGUUCACGGAUCACUACCCUGAUCAUCUGAAGCAUCUCUAUUUAGCUGAAGAGGAAAGACUCAGGAAGCAACCUCGGAAAGUUCACCAGCCUUUGCUAGAAGAGCAAUGUAGUGUUGUCCAGGCUUUGUGUGAAGAACACUGUAGUGUUGAGCAGCCUCAGUCAGAAGAACAGUGUAGCACAAAAGAAAACUCCAUUACUGUUCCAAAGAAAAAGAAAAAGAAAACAUCGAAUCAAAAAGCACAGGAAGAAUAUGAACAGAUACAAGCUAAGCGUGCUGCUAAGAAACAAGAAUUUGAGAAGAGAAAACAAGAGAGAGAAGAAGCCCAAAGGCUCUACAAAAAGAAGAAAAUGGAAGUUUUCAAAAUAUUGAGUAAAAAGACUAAAAAGGGCCAACCAAACUUGAAUUUACAAAUGGAGUAUCUUCUUAAAAAAAUACAAGAAAAAAAUUAAAUCAGACAUGUCUUUAAUCAUCGGUUAAAAUAGCUGCUGUCUGUUGAGUAAUUUUGUAUAUGUACUAUACCUUCUAACAAUUAACUAAACUUGUCAACACAAACAUGUUGCUAAGUUAUACUGCAUAUAAAAUGUCCAAAUAUUUUUGUUCUUGUAAAAGAAAAUUUUCUACAUAAGUUCUACAUAAUAUGAUUUGUGUUUUAUUUGCCUCAAGGAUAGUUGGCCUAAAAAACUGAAAGAACCUUCAAUUGGAAUGACAGGUUUAAGUAUCUAAUACUUUUGUACCAUAUGAAAUUCAGAUGAAAUAAAAUAUUUUUAAAAGAA